AUGGAAGAGGACGAGCCACUGUUCAUCGACGACAUCAUAAGCUCAACCCACCCCCCGAGGUUCCGGAUGCCACCUGUCACCCCAUAUACCGGCUCUGGGGACCCCACCGAGCAUUUGAAAUCUUUCAGGGCGUGGAUGGAGCUUCAGUCGACAUUCAAGCCGAUCAUGUAUUGCGCUUUCUACCUAACCUUAGCAGGGGCUAUGCGGAGCUGGUACAGGCAGGUGAAGCUGAAGUCGAUUAAUUCUUUUUCUGACCUCAACAAGGCAUUCCUAAUGCAAUUCAUUUUCGAAAAAGAACGGAGGAAACCGUCGACUCACCUACGCACUAUUAAGCAGAAAGAAGGUGAAGCGCUGAAGGAUUACAUUGUACGGUUCAAUGAAGAGGCAAUGCAGGUGGACGACUACUCAGACAAAAUGACCUUGACCGCCAUGAUAGUCGGACUCAGGGAAGGAAGGUUCCUCUUUUCGAUUGGUAAAAAUCCUCCAACAACUUUAGGCGAGCUCAUGAAUAAUGCACAAAAAUACUCCAAUGUUGAGGAGCUUUUCAGUUCUCGAAAAGCUACUCGAGACGUCGAGAACUCAGCUAAGGACAAGAAGCGGAAAGAGGAAGCCCCAUCCCAAGCACCCUCCAACAAAAGGAGAAAGGACGAGAAGUCGAUAAAGAUCGACAUAGACAAGCGAGAUAAGCGAAAGUAUUUUCACUUCAACCGCGACCACAGCCAUUCCACCAGUGACUAUUUUGACCUCAAAGAAGAGAUCGAGGCUCUUAUUCAUAGUGGGCACUUGCGGGAAUACGUCAAAGAAGAACGAUCAGGUCGGAAGGAUGAGCAGCCCAUCAGAACAAUCAACAACAACCCCAUCAGUGAAAUACAUAUUAUCUUUGGCAGGCCUGAGGGAGGUGGUGAUUCAAAUCGGGCCUGA